GAAUAAAGUGUAAAAAUGGCUGAACCAAUUCGAGUUGUUGUGACUGGAGCUGCUGGUCAAAUUGCUUAUUCCUUGCUGUACAUGAUCGCACGAGGAGAAGUUUUUGGAUCUGAUCAGCCUCUUAUCUUGCAUUUACUGGAUAUUCCGCCUAUGGUUGGCGUUCUUGAGGGUGUUGUCAUGGAACUAGCGGAUUGUGCGUUGCCUUUGUUACGUCAAGUUAUACCUACAACAGAUCCAUCUGUUGGGUUCAAGGAUGUCUCGGCCGCCUUUCUUGUAGGCGCCAUGCCACGUAAAGAAGGAAUGGAGAGAAAAGAUUUGCUAUCAGCAAAUGUAAAAAUUUUUAAAGCACAAGGACAGGCUAUUGAAAAUUUUGCCAAAAAAGAUGUUAAGGUUCUUGUGGUUGGAAACCCGGCCAACACUAAUGCUUUUGUUUGCGCUAACUAUGCGCCAUCCAUUCCACGUGAAAAUUUUUCAGCAAUGACACGAUUAGAUCAAAAUCGCGCCACCUCGCAAAUAGCUACAAAGUUGGGAGUUCCCAUAUCCGCCGUUAAGAACAUAAUAAUCUGGGGCAACCAUUCAUCCACUCAAUACCCAGAUGCUGGACAAGGAAAAGUGGUUAUCAAUGGUGAAACCAAAUCUGUGGCUGAUGCUGUCAAUGAUAAUGCAUAUCUACAAGGUGCCUUUGUUGAAACUGUUCAAAAGCGUGGAGCUGCUGUAAUUUCAGCUCGAAAAAUGUCAUCCGCUAUGUCAGCAGCUAAAGCCGCUUGCGAUCAUAUGCAUGACUGGUGGAACGGUACCGCUCCAGGAACAUUUGUAUCAAUGGGUGUAUGUUCGGAUGGCAGCUAUAACUCUCCAAAGGACGUUAUUUUCUCUUUUCCAGUUGUCAUUGAAAAUAAGCAAUGGAAAAUCGUCCAGGGUUUAAACCUAAGUGAUGCUGCUAAAGCGAAGUUAAAUAUAACUGCAAAGGAGUUGCAAGAAGAAAAGGACGAAGCAUUGUCUGUAUUGGAUUUAAGUUCGAACUUGUAAUAUGGCCUUGCAUAUUAACGCAAUUUAAAUAAUUUAGAUUUGAGCAUUUCAGGAGCAAAGCUCUUUGCAUUAAUGUUUGUAUAUAGAUUAUAUUAUGAAAAGUUGAUCCAGAUAUGUGUAAAUAAAUCAUAAUAUGAUGAGA